UGUAUAUGCCUGUAUAUAAUCAGAUAUUUGAACAUUAUCGCCUAUGUAGCUCUAGCGCAAUUUAAGCUUCUACAUAACAUCGAUCAGUGGGAACCAUAUAGACUCGUAAUUAGUAUUAAACCUAGUGUAAUUAUAUUGACUGUUAUUCGCUUGGAUAUGGAUUUUUUUAAAGAAUAGGAUUGAAACGGCUGUGAGGUUGUGGAGACGAGACAUUUUAAACUAAAUUUUUACUUUCAGGUGGACAUCAAAGCAGCAAUAAAGUGACAAUCAGAUAAACCAUAUCUAUUCGUUUACAUGACUCAAGAUGGAAUAAAUAAACGUGUAUACGAAAAUAACAGCAUAAGUAAUAUUCAACUUGAAAAGGCAUUAGUUUAGCACACCGAACUUUAGACUGAAAUAAAUACGACUGACCUUUUUACAUAUGUCUUCACCAACAUUUUCGAGUGGGGUAAUUUUGUUCAGCCCCCUCCACUUACACAGUUAUGAAAACGUAGUUUCCUUUGAAGCAUUAACGAGAGUUGUCACUGACUGUGGAGCAGAAUAAGAAAACGCGAGAAACGAGUUAAAUUUGCAAGUACCGAUAAAUAUGUGUAAUAUGUGUAAUGCAUGAUAGUGACAAUCUUAUAGUUACAAGUGACAGUACAGUAGAAAGAAUGGAUGUGAACGACUUGCAAAUAUCAAAGGAAGGUAUGCCCAUGUUAAUUCCUGAAGACAUGAGUAACGGACUUUCUUCUCCGUCAUCAGCCAGCAAAUGGUACCUCGUGCCGUCUGCAGUCAUUGAACAAUGCACAAUGCCCCCAGGGAAGCUUGCCAUUCCCAUGUAUUUGAUAAUGGAUCAACCUACUCCUCAGACUUGCAGCCAAACGCUCCAUAUGCUUUUGGACCAGCCUCCUUCACAGUUAUGCAAUCAACAAAGCGAUCUGAUAUUGGACCAAUCUCCUCCGCAGACAAACCAUCUACCAAGUCAUCUGAUAUGGAACCAAUCUCCUCCGCAGACUUGUAAUCAACCACGUCAUCUGAUAUUGGACCAGCCUCCUUCUCAGUUAUGCAAUCAAUCAAUCCAUCUGAAAUUAGACCAGUCUCCUCCGCAGACGCACAAUCAAUCAAGCCAUAUGAUAUUGGACAAGCUUCCUACUCAGACGACCGAGCAUACGUGUCGCUUCUCAUCCCAGUGCUCUUCAACACGUGACGAUAUGUCUUCUUGUGACAAUUCUCCUCCUAGUUCCAAAAGUAAUUUACCAAUAAAUGAUGUUUCUGAACUGAAUGGAGCAAAGAAGAAAACGAAAACCAAAACGCUCGAUUUCCCGCCGUGCCAGAUAUGCGACGGUGAGUCUUCAGGUGUCCACUUCGGCUGUUAUACAUGUGAGGCGUGUAAGAAUUUUUUCAGGCGAUGUAUGAAGAAGACAAGUGAAUUAAGUCUUGAGUCAAAAAAGAUUAGCACGCCUCAUGUUUGUUUGACUUAUAGAAACUGUAAAAUAUCGUAUAAGCAAUCAAAAACAAAUUGCACGGCCUGUCGAUUUAAAAAAUGCAUAGACCUGGGAAUGUCAUCCGAAAAAGUUCAAAAGGGGAGAAAAUCGCUUGCGCGAAGAACAGAGACAAUAACAAAAGUAAAAUGUAUGGAACGUCAUAAAGAAAGUGAGUUUCAAGAUACAAUUCCACCAGAUAUUGAUUUGUGUAAAUCAAAUGAAGCCCAAUUAGGAAUGGCAUCACAUCCUUCAAACUACAUUGAAAUAUAUGGACCAAGACUCCGUUAUGGCGUUUCUGAUAUGCUUAAAUCAAGUGGAAUACUUCGUGGUACAAGGUCUCUUGUUGAAGAGAUUGUUAUAAAGCUGGACAACAUUUUCAUCUGGGGAGAGGAUCUGGCAACUGAAGAGCUCCGCGAAUCUAAAAUGAAAGAACAUUAUGACAAAUAUUCUGCAAGAGCAAUUGCGUUCGGUAAAAUGAGUAAUGUAAGUCAGGAGGAAUAUCACCACCUCCUGAAAAAUUAUGGCAUUGAUAUUGAUAACCAAUGGGAAAUGCUGAAGCGAGGUCAAGAUUUCAUGGAGCACUUCUUAGAUCGCUACUGUGAUUUUGCAAAAGAGCUACCUAAUUUUUCAAAACUAAGUCUUAACGAUCAAAUCUCUCUGCUUAAACAUGCAUAUAAUGGCUUUUGUAUAGUCAUAGGUCACCCGUACUAUAAUUCAGAAUAUAAAGUUUAUAUCGAUCUAAAUGGCGACGUCUAUCACACAGACGAGAUCUCUGACAAAUUCGUGACGCGAGAGUUAGUCAAUGCGCAUGCCGAGCUCUAGAAACAACUACAAAGUCUCAAAUUAACAAAAGAGGAAACUGCACUUCUAGCAGCCAUCUCGCUCAUGUCGCUGUGAAUUGGAAAACCCAAGUCUGGUAGAAGAUUCACAGUUGGAGCUUACCACGUUAUUACGGAAAGAGAUAAGGAAAAGAUACGAAGAGGUAAAAGGGUUGAUACGUUUCUCGAAGAUGAUCGGCAUUUUGACAAACAUUCGACCAGUUACUCAACAAAUGUUCAAAGAAUACAAGACACUGUGUGACGAUGAGUUUAUACGGAGAGGAAUUCGUGAUAUUGACAUUCUCAUGCCUAAUAUAGACACAUAGUAUAACGAUGACAUGGAACAUGUGUUCAUUUCUGUUACGCUGUUAACCAAUACCACUAUCUUUCCC